AUGGCUAUUUGCGCAGUUGUCGGAUGUAGCAAUCGAAGCAAAAGCUGCCCAAGGAAGGAUUCUGCAAACACAAGCCUUUUUCGGCUUCCGAAGGCUGUGAAAUGGCAGGACGCACGUACAAAAGCACUCAGCUCGAAGCGGCGCAGCCUAUGGCUUGCGCGUAUCAAGCGUGCCGAUCUCAAGGGCGAUUCCCCAAACAUCCGAGUAUGUGGCGCCCACUUCGUAACAGGUAGACCGGCCAGGCUCCACCAAGAAACGCACCCGGACUGGGCGCCAACGCUUUUGCUCGGAUACACAAGAAAAAGUGAAGGCAUUGCCCGCUACGAGCGUGCUGCAAGGCGACGGACCAAGCGACCUACUCCCGAGGUCGACGCGGGGACCACUGCACCGUCAAGAAAUUGUGGAUUCGCCGCAACGUCGCCUGAAAACUGCUGCGACGACGGUGACAACGGCACACACUCAGAAGACAGCCCGCCACUGCUGCAAGCUGAAUGUGAAAUCCAGGCUGCCGAAAAUGAAUCAGGAGUUGCUGUACAGGCAGAAAUGUCCAUGGCAGACGUUGCAGCAUUGGAGCUACAGUGCACUAUGCUAAAUGACAACCUGUACGCCCUGCGUGAAUACAUUGACAAGUUGGAGUGGACGGAAGCUGCAUUCAGAGAGAGUAAGCCCAAGGUCAUGUACUACACAGGGAUGGCAAGCUUCGAUAUUCUGUAUGGCAUAUUUAGUGUGGUGGAGUGCUAUGUUCCACACGGUCUUCAGGGCAUCACGUUCAUGCUCAAACCCCAGGCAAUGGCAGGCGUCUUCAGCGAUUUUUCUGGGUAA